AUGAGCCUCGGCGAUCGAUGUGACGUCGGCGGCUUCCGUGGCACCGUACUCUACAUUGGUACGGUAGACGGUUACGGUAGCCAGAUUUAUGCCGGCAUCGAAUGGGAUGAUCCGAGUAGAGGAAAGCAUGAUGGGCUGGUGAAAGGACGAAGGUAUUUCCAGACGAGGUUGGUUUUUUGAUUUUUGAUUGAGUUUCUGUGAUAAAUGUGUUUAAAAUGUGGUUUUAAAAAGCUUGUUUGAUGUUAAUUUGGUGAAAAAUUGUUUUUUAGCAGAGUUUUCUUUAGGAAAUUUGAUGAAAUUCUUUUUUUUAGGCUUUUUUGAUGUUAAAUUCGUGGAAAAUUGGUUCUCAGCAGAGUUUUCUGUGAGAAAUACGAUGAAAUUUCGUUCAAAAGUUUUUUUUCAUGUUAAACUUGAGAGAAGUUGGUUUUUUGCAAAGUUUUCUUUGUGAAAUUUGAUUCAAAACGCUUUUUCAAAGUUAUAUUGUUAAAAAAAAAUGAAUUUUGAAAGAUUUUCUCAGUUUUAAAUUUGAUAAAAUGUGAAUUGAAGGAAUUUUUUUCAUUAAAAUUCGAAAUAAAGGAAGUUUUUUUCAGUUUUUUUGAUAAUGCGAAAAUUGUUCUAAUAGUUUUUCUUUGUAGAACUAUUGCUGAAAACACGCCUCGAAAUAUAAUUUUUCGAUUUUUAAAAAGUGAAAAAAAUUUAGUAUCAAGAAAAUUUCUAUACAAAUUCCGAUCGAAAUGGAAUUCCCUUAAGUAUUUUUUUCAUUCUGAUUUGCGAAAAAUUCAGUUUUCAACGAAUAUUCACGUCUAAAUUGGAAUUCAUGGGUUAUUUUUCGAGCUGUUAUCAAGAAUUUGUUUUCCAGAGCUUUUUUUGUACAUAAAAUUUGAAGAAAAAGAUAUUUGAAUGACAUUGUUUGAAAAAAAGAAAAAUAUAUACUAGGUGAUGAAUUUUCUUAGAACUUUUUUGACAGAAAAUCGGAAUUUCAUAAAUUUUUGAAAGUUACUUUCCUUGUUAUAAAAUAGAUGACGAUACGUUCAAAAAUGAUUUUCUAUGGAAAAUUUGAAACAAGCUUCUGGAAAUGAAUUUUUGAUGAAAAAGUUGAAUAACAAAAAUGUUUACAAGCUUUUUGAGGUAAAAUUUAAUUUGAUUGAUUUUUUUCCGUGAUUUUUCUAUUGAAUCUCAGCAAAGAUAGACAAUUUGAAGCCAAAAACUACGACUUAUUUAAAUUUUUCAGGAUUCCAAACAGCGGUUCCCUGGUGAAAAUCGAAAAUGUACAAUUUCCAUUGGACAUUUACACGGAAAUACAAUCACGAUACGGUGAUGAGGAUUCCGGGGAACCAGAUGUGACUUAAUUUUACUUUUUUUGUGUUUUUCAAACAUGUUUUUACACAGAAAACGUUAUAUUCGUGUUAAAAAAACAUUUUUUUCUUGAAAAAAAGUUAUAACUUUGAAGUUUUCGUGUCUUAAUAAUUAUUCGAAAGAAAUUCGGUAUCAAUUCUGUGAAAAAUUAAACCUUAUUUGUUGGUUUUCUAUUGAAAAAAACGCUUCAGAAAAACGGUGUAAUUUUUAUAGAAUUAUAUAUUUUUGAAGAGAGAAUUUGUUUAAUUUGAUGGUUUUUGUAAGAAAAAGUUAACGAAAGUGUUUUUGAAGCUUGAGUUUUCAAUAGAAGUCAGGUUUUAACUGAAAAAAAUGGAAAUUUUAAGAAAGACAUUUAAUUUUUUUGUGAGCGAUUUUUUUCAUGUUGAAUAUCAAUAAAAAAAUUACUUUUUUAAUAAAAAAAUCCAAUUCAGAAUUUUUUUAUUGUUACAAGUUUCCAUUAGAAAAGGUAUUUAAAUGUUAGUUAUUUCAUUUUUUCAGAUCGCUCUGAAAAUCUCGAGUAAAGUGGUUGAGCUUAUUGGUAUGGAGAAAACGGCCCGGAAACAGAGGUUAUUUUUUUUUAAAAAAAUGAAUAGGAAAUGGAUAAAAAAAGCUUUCGUGGCAAAUUUUGAAGUGUUUCCCGUUUUUUUAAAAUGGAACUUUAGCUUUAUGGAAGCGAAAAAAAGUUUUUUCCGAUUUUUUUGACGGUUUAGCGUUUUUUUCGAACGUUAAUUGUACACAGAAUAUUCAUUUUCUCUUUAAAAUGACAUAUUUCAUUUUAAUAUUCUGGAAUUUCAGCGUUUUCUUUGGUUUUUUUAUCAAAUUUUUUUCUCGUUUCCUGUGACUUUCCCCGGCUUCGAAUUUUUGAAAAUGAAAAAGAAAAAAAAUUAACCAAAAAGUAUAUUUUUUUGCACAAAAUUACAGUUUUUUAAUAUUAAUUUUUAGCGUCUUUUUUUGAACAUUUUUUUCUACACAAAAUCCUCAUUUUUUUGCUUAAAAACGGUUUUUUUGUGUCCUGAAAUCCUGAGAUUUUAGCGUUUCCUGUGAACUCCAUCCUUUUUUCUCGUUUCCAGUGACUUCCACCGACUUGUGAACAUUGUCCUCGAUGGAAGAUUCGUUGGCAAGGCGCCAACCGAAGAAAUUCGCCCAUUUUCCGCCUGUCGUGAACUGAAUCUUCAUGGAAAUUUGCUCCAUCGAUGGGACGACGUCAGGAAAAUCGUCAAGCUUUUCCCGAAUGUCAAGGAGCUCGUCUUGAGGUCGGUUUUAGGGCUCUUAGGAACGUUAGAGUGGUCCCUAUAGGGGCAACCUUACGACUAGUAUGGCCCCUAUAGGGAUCACUAACUGAAGUCCCUAAAGAGGCCACUUUCUCGAUCUCAAGUGAUAUGGAUCCUAGAUGGGCAGUCUUACGACUACUAUGUCCCCUAUAGGAAUAACUAACUAAAGUCCCUAAAGAGGCCACUUUUUCAAACUUAAUUGGUAUGGACCCUAGAUGGCAGUCUUACGACUACUAUGUCCCCUAUAGGGAUAACUAACUAAAGUCCCUAAAGAGGCCACUUUUUCGAACCUAGAGAACCUUAGUAGCCCUCGAAGGUCCCCUUCUAGGGAACUCUUUUUAUCAAACUUAAGUGACCCCUGUAAAUGGAAAUGAAGUGGUCCCUAGAGGGGCAACCUUAUGUCUAGUAUGCCCCUAUAGGGAUAACUAAUUUAAACCCCGAAGGGGCCCCUUUUUCAAACUAAGGUGAAGUGGAUAAUAUAACCGUAAGCCCUGGGAAUUGAAAAUUAAUACAAAUCUUCUAGAAAAACGUUCGAAAUUUUUUUCCUGCCGAAUCCUACCAAUUGAAAUUGUCAUUAAAAAUGCCAUUUCAUAAUCUUUUGAAACGUAUUUCCUAGCUGUUAUUCAUUUCUCACGGCUUCAUUCUGUCUUACCUGUCUGUGCCCUCUUUUCUCUUAUCAGGAAGGUUAGAGAAACGUGAAAACGAGAGGGUGUAGAGAAACCAAAAUUUCCCAACGGAUUUUUUUGGAAUUUUUUUGUGAUUUUGAAGAUUUUUUAGGCGAAAACAGCACGUAAAAAGGAGAGAGUGCAGGGAAAUCAGAUUUUUUCAAGCUGAGAAAAUUUCAUGAAUUUUUUAUGUGAUUUAAAAGAGUUUUAGGCGAGAAAUAGCACCUGAAAACGAGAGGGCUCAGAGAAGUCAGAAUUUUUUCCAACUUGUAAAGUAUUAAACGUAUUUUUGAAGUUCUUUAGGCAGAAAUAGCACGUAAACGUGAGAGGGUCCAGGGUAAUCAAAUUUUCCCAAAAAGGGGGGGGGGUUUAUGAAUUUUUCAAAUAAUUUCGAAUAUUUUCAGGCAAAAUCGCAUGGACGACAUUCAAGAGGAAAAUUCGACCAUUUCUACGAAUGAUUUGAUUAUUUCCACUUCAGUUAUACGAUUGUCGAUUAGUGAAUGUAAUUUAAAAGAUGAAUCGGUGGGUUUUUCUGGAAAAUGCAGGCUUUUGAGUGGAAAAAUGGCUCCAUUUUGAAUGAAAUUUCGGUCCGAGACUGGUGAAAAAUAGGCGAUUUUUUAUUGUGGGAUGCGCUGCGGUCGCGACGCGGCUUUUAGCGGGAAAUGAAAAAAUUUAAAUGUGAACCGCCUUUUUUCUCAUUUACAUGGUUUUCUCAACGUUUUCUAAUGGUUUCAGUACCUCAGUUAGUUAAUGGCUUCAUUUCAAUAAGAUUCCGGUCCAAAACUCGUUAUAAUUCGAAGAAUUUUUACGAAGGCGCUGCGGUCGCGACGCGGUUUUUGGCGGGAAAUGAAAAAAUUCAAAUUCGAACCGCUUUUUUUUCUCAUCGUUUUUGUACCUCAGUUAGUUAAUGGCUUCAUUUUCAAUGAAAUUUUGGGCCGAGACUCGUUAUAAUUUAAAAAAUUUAUACGGAGGCGCUGCGGUCGCGACGCGGCUCUGGGCGGGAAAUGGAAGAAAUUCAAAAAGUGGACCGUCUUUUUUUCCUUUUUUUCUUAGGCUUUUUUUGUGGUUCAGUUUUUUUAAUAAUAUUAUAAAAAAACUAACUUUCUUACAUUUUUUUCUCCUGCUCUCGUUUAAAUUUUAAAUUUCGCGCCAUAAUUUAUAGUCUGUCCAAAUUUUGAAUGUCAAGUGGGCGCUCAAGCUCCGCCCCCAAUAGCCGAUAAACCAAUGAGAGAGCGAGCCUUCCACAAAGCCUUUCCAUAUGACGUCAUUGUACUUGACAUUGAAAAACUAUACUACAUUUAAAAAACCGGAAUUGUUUUCCAGAUCGAACCCAUCUUGAACUGCUUCCCCGUGGCGACGGAAAUCGUGUCGUUCAUCAACAAUCUGUCAUUUUUCAACCCAGGAAAAGAUGCUUCGGAACGAUUGACAGUGCUGGAUUUGGAGAUGAACCCCUUGAAAAGCCUCGAUUCCAUCCGUGGAGAAUAUUCGAAGUUUAUAUUUUCGAAAAAGAAGCAGUCUCCUACAGGACAUCUUGAGUGGUCCCUAGAGGGUUUUUUUUUUUUAGAAAAACAGCCCUCACAAGAAACAGAAUAGUGCUCUCUAUAGGGGUAAAACCUAGGUGGUCCCUAAAGGGUUUAGGGUCUGACCCAUAAGCUCCUAAAGCUUAAGUGCUCCCUAGAGGGUCGAAGUUUAUGUGUGCCCUAGAAAGGUUCAGUUUCUGACCUCUAAGCUUAAGUGGUCCCUUUAGAGGGGAGAGGGGUUAGGAAGAAAAUACAGCCCCUAUAGGCGUCAAAAUAGCGCUCCCUAAAGGGGUAAAAUUUAAGUGGGCCCUAUAGGGAUUUAGGGUGCUUGAUGGUCCUACGAACGUUAGAGCGAAAAAGCAUCUAUACAGGGUGACAAGUAAAUAUUGAAACCGUUUUUUGUUUGAUCGCUGCUUUUUGCACAAAGGACUGGCCUUUGAAUUUUUUUGUUUAUUUCGUUCAUUCAUGCUCACUUAUCAUGUGUUUGAAGUUACAGCUCAUACUUUUCAGUUUUCAGGUAAUGGUGGCCCCAUCUCCGUACCGUACCGCAAUCAUUGAUUGUGUCAAAAGCGGAAUGACGAAUUCAGAGAUCGUUAAAAAGCUGAAAGUGUCUCGUGUUCUCGUUUUUCGAACUGCACAACGUUAUCGGCGUCUCGGUACUUCAGAUGACAUGCAAAGAAGUGGACGUCCAGUCACCGUCACGACUCCAGAAGCAGUCAAAGCCGUUCGAGAGAAAAUCAGACGCACUCCGGAAAGAAGCGUGAGAAAGAUGGCAAAAGAAUACGAAAUGAGUCGAGAAUCGAUGAGAACUAUUGUCAAGGACAAGCUGAAGAUGAUUCCCUACCGUAUGCAGAAAGGAGCCUUCCUCAGUCAAAAAAACAAGACAUUCCGGAUGAAAAAGGCUUGAAAGCUGCUCGCUGGCACGAAAGAUGGCUCGCAUCUGACGACGCUAUUUACCGACGAGAAAAUCUUCACUGUGGAGGCGAACAACAACGGCCAAAACCAUCCGAUCAUCGCUACGGACUAUCAGAGUGCCUGUGAAAAAGAAAAAAUUCUGAAUAAAACUUCGCAUCCGGCUUCCGUGAUGGUUUUUUCCGGAAUUACCGCUGACGACAAAACUCCGCUGAUUUUUGUGGAUUCUGGAGUCAAAGUGAACCAAGUAUACUACAGGGAGUAGAUUUUGAAGUUGAGGGUGUUGCCCUGAGCCAAUUCUCACUACGGAAACCGACCAUGGACCUUCCAGCAAGACGGCGCCCCCGCUCAUCGUGCCAAAGGGACUCAAGAGUGUUGUCGCGCCAAUUUUCCGAGUUCAUCUCGGCUGCUGAUUGGCCUGCUUCCUCGCCCGACCUCAACCCGAUGGACUAUGCCGUGUGGAUAUAUCUGACCGAGAAGGUCUCUUCUAAGAACUACCCAAGUAUCAAAGCUCUGAAGACCGCGCUCAUCAAGAAAUGGGACGAAAUCGACGACGACUACCCUCGUGCCGUGAUCGAUGCGUAUCCGAAGAGACUGAAGGCCGUUAUCAAAGCUAAAGGAGGACGUUUUGAAAACUAUUCUUGAAUUUUGUUUCUAUAUUGUAUGAAUAAAAUUUGUUCCAAGUUUGGUGGUGUUUGGUUGACUUUUGAGAAAGUUAUAACGUUUCAAACGCGUUUCAAUAUUUACUUGUCACCCUGUAGAAGGCGAAAUAGUGCUCCCUAUAGGGAUUGAGGGUUUGAUCCAUAAACUCAUAAAUAUUGAGUGGUCUCUAGAGGGUUUUUUGAGAAAAACAGCCCUCAAAAGAAACAGAAUAGUGCUCUCUAUAGGGGUAAAAUCUAGGUGAUUCUUUAAGGGUUUUAGGGUCUGACCCAUGAGCUCCUAAAGCUUGAGUGGUCACUAGAGGGUUUUUUUUGAGAGAGACAGCCCUUUCAAGAAACAGAAUAGUGCUUUCUAUAGGGGCUAAUCUUAGGUGGUCCCUAUAGGGAUUGAGGGUCUGACCUAUAAGCUUCUAAAGCUGGAGUGGUUCCUAUAGGGAUUGAGGGUUUGAUCCACAAACUCAUAAAUUUUGAGUGAUCCCUAGAGCGUUUUUUGAGAAAGACAGCGCUCACAAGAAACCAAAUAGGGCUUUCUAUAGGGGCUAAACUUAGGUGGUCCCUAAAGGGUUUAGCGUCUGACUCAUAAGAUCCUGAAGCUUGAGUGGUCACUAGAGGGUUUUUUUUGAGAAAGACAGCCCUUUCGAGAAACCAAAAAGUGAUUUUUAUAGGGGCUAAACUUAGGUGGUCCCUAAAGGGUUCAGGGUCUCACCCAUAAGCUCCUAAAGUUUGAGUGGUCCCUAGAAGGCUUUUGAGAAAAACAGCCCUUACGAAGAACCAAAUAAUGCUUUCUUUAGAAGCUAAACUUAGGUGGUCCCUAUAGGGAGUGAGGGUUUGAUCCAUAAACUCAUAAAUCUUGAGUGGUCCCUAUAGGGGUCGUUCAAUUUCUAAGUCAGAUUUUAAAACAUUCAAUUAAUUCUUAACGGUAAUAUUAUAUUCAAACAACGGAUAACAAUAAACGAAAAGUCCUCCCCUAGAAUGGCCACUUUUACAAGAUUUAGUGCCUCUAUAGGGGUGGGUAAAGUUUUCCUUAAAGGGAAAUCCGCUUAAAAUUGCCCUCUAGGGACCACUCUGGCGAUCCCAAGUUUUGAAGAAAAUAAAAACUUUCCAGUCUGCGAAAGUUGAGCGUCGCCGAAUGCGGAAUCACAUCUUUGUAUCCUUUAAAAGGCUCGAGAUUCCCGAAAUUGGAGAAUUUGAACUUGAAACGGAACGAGAUCACUGAAGUAAUCCUUCUGUCCCUUGAAGUCUUAUAAAAUUAUUAUUUUCCAGUGGAAGAGCAUAAGUGCCCUCCAAUCAUUGCCUUCUCUCCAAAUUCUUCACAUUGAUUGCCCGAAUUUCACCACCGAGCCUGGAAUUCCUCCCCAUGAGGUUCUUUUUUUGAAAUUUGAUCAUGGAAAUGGGUAAUUUUAGGUUAUCGUCGCGAAAUUGUCCAGUGUCAUUGAGUUGAAUCGAUUUGAUAUCAGUGAAGUCGAGAGGAGAUCUGCUGAGGUAUUUGAAAAGGAUAAAUUGGAAAAUGAAGUCCCAAGCUCACAAUUGGGCCUUUUUAGAGAAUCCCAGAUCGGUAAAAAUUAUUUGAAACCUACCCUGAACUUGGAAUUUUAGAAUGAAUGAGCCUGUGAGAGGGAAAGUGACUAGGGAACGUUUUACCCCCUAUCGUUGAACUUGAUGAAAAUUUUUUUGAAUUUUUAUUUUCUGGGCCUCCUGAUUGCAGAACAAGAAAAAAAAUUUUUUUGCAAUAAAUCUGGUUUUAGAAUUAAGACCAUACGUCGACUGGAUCCCCCCCAAAAGAGCGGCCUACCUUUUUUUUUGCGCCCAAAUGGCUGGGGUGGGAUCCAGCCAGUGUGUAGUGAAGACGCUUCAAAAACCCGAAAUUUUCUGUCAUAAUUGGCGUAUUUUGACUUUGAAGCUCCAUAACUUAGAAACAAGAUCUGUUGCGACAAAUUUUUCCCUUGUUCUGCAAUCACCAGGUCCUGAAGUAAAGCUGAUUCACGGCUGGCUUGAGCCAUCGAGAAAAGGGUCCUGUCACGAAAAGAGACGAGACAGUGCCCUGGGUGGAGAGUGCAGACAGGCCACGCCUUUUUGCGUCCCAAGCUAGCCGUGAAUCGCCUAUACCAUCCAGCAAAGUUUCAUCAUAAUUUCAACCAGCUGUGGGGGUUUAGUGGGUAUGGAUGAAAGGUCUGUCCAAACGAAUUCUGUGGCUCGGAUCUGUCAGUUCAGUCCAUAAAUUUCAGUAUUUCGCUCAAAUAAAUGAAUGACUUGGCACUCUAAAAGGAAGAAUAUCAGUGAUUUUUUUUUCGUUCCGCAUUGAACACCCGAUUCGGAAGUUUUCUGGGAUCCAGUUUAAAAUAUCCAUUUCGGAAGGAAUGGGUUUGCUUGAAAGUAGACCCGAAAUUAGCCAUAGAAACCAACUAAUCUCAGUUUUUAUCAAAGGAAUCUUUUUUCAGAUCCGAUUCCUGAGCAAAUAUUGGGCCGUACGUGAGGAACAGAGGAAUUUGGAUCAUUUGGACGAUUUGAAUCGAUUUUUGAAGGUUUGGAAGAAAAUAGAGGGUCCCUAGGACCCGAGGGAGGCUCUUGAAGCUUCCACUCAAGGGACCACUUUUCCGUAUAAGGGGCACUGAAGCUUCCGAAAGCGCCCACUCUAGGGGUUCCAGUUGGUGGUCACUGUACGCGAGAAUGUUAAGAAUGAGACUCUAAAAGAACUGUAUGGACCACAUAAUUAAUAGUUAUCUAGGGAGCACUAAUUUUUUUCUAACCCCUCCAGGGACCACUCUGGCGUUCCUACAACCAAAAAAUGCAUUACUAAUUUAAAAAAUAAUGUACAAGUCCCAAAAAAAAAUCAAAUUUUCCGCUGAUUCGAAAAAUACCCUAUUCUUCAGCCCUUUGUCCAUUGUGGACCAAAAAAAGUCGUCGGUUUGAAAUAUUGUAUUUUCCCUCUUUGGCCAAAAAAUACCGAAUGAGAUUUUUUUUUUUUCAAUCCAGAAAGUCAAUAAAAAGACCUUGAAAAUGGUCAGAUUUUUCACUGAUUUCAAAAAUAAAGACUUGUCAUUUUCAUUUUGGAAAUCGGUUUGAAAUAUGGAUCUAUCAUUUAUUCACCUUCAAGGCGCACGGCGAUCCGGUCCCCCUUGAAGUACCCAAUAAACGGCUGAACGUGAUGACGCUGAACAUCAAAAUCGGUCGGAAACGCGUCAAAAAAUCCCUGCCGAUGACGGUGUCCGUUCAGAGGAUCGGGCAGUUGGUAAGGAAUUUCAGGAAAAUUUGAUUUGUAAAAUUUUUUCCGAAGUGAAAGCUUUGUAUUCAAUCGUAGAGUAGAAUAUAUUGACGCAGUUGCGUUUUUUUUAGAUAGAAAAAAUUGCGGUUUUUUUGAAGUUUCAAGGAGUAUCCAGGUCAAUUAUCAGUGAAAUUUCAAUCCUACUGGGAAAAUUUUUAGUGGUCACUAUAGAGGCUCGCCAAGGGCUACUUGAAAAGGACACUAAAGUGGCCGCUAAACCCACCUCUAUAGUGGCCACUAUUUGUUCAUUAGUGGCAUCUUUCAGUCAUCUAGUAGUAUCACUUAGAACUCUUUAGUGGCCAGUAAUUUUUAACCGCUUAAGUGGCCACUAUUUUUCGUUUUAGUGGCUACUUCAGUAGUUUUUCAUCCAAAAUUCCUUCCAGUAACUCUGAUAAUUUUAAAACCAACAGAUUGGACCAGUUAUAAUGAUCCAUUGACCCCUAAAGUGACCACUAAAAUUUUUUCUGGCCUAGUAGUAGCACUAAGACAUCUAUAGUGACACUAAUAUUCCCUUGAGCUAAAACUUAAAAACCCUAUAGUUGCCACUAAAAGUUUACCCAGUAAACCUUCCUUGUGACUUCAAAACCUUUUUCCAGAUCGCACGAAUGUUCGGCGUCCAAGACGAACCCUGGGAGCUUUUCCUCCAGAAUGAGCGUUGCGAGCGAAGAUUCGCCCUGAAUAAUCCUUCGAGGACCCUGAGCUAUUAUGAGCCCGAUGAAUUCAGCGAGUUGGUCCUGGAGGGAGGCCCGGCGUGGCACAUCGAGUUCUGUUGA